AUGGUAUCCGUAUUGCUAAAGUCUUGGAAGAAGAUAUGGGGGAAAUUAGGUCUAAUUGAUUUUCACCAAAUCAAGACGAACUUAUUUGCUUUCACUUUUGAAUCUGAGGAAGGUAAAUUAAAGGCAAUGGCAGAUGGUCCUAUUACCUCUAAUAAACACCCGCUGAUUGUUGAAGAAUGGAGAAGAAAUAUGUCCUUUGACAUCACUGAAAUUGCUUCAGUCCCAGUUUGGGUGAAGUUCCCCCUUCUUCCUUGGAAAUUUUGGAACCCUAACUCAUUGAGCUCUAUUGCCAGUACGUUGGGAAAGCCUUUGUUUGCUGACAGAUACACUAGGGAGAGAUCCAGACUUGCCUAUGCCAGAAUACUGAUAGAUUUGAGACUUAAAGGUAUUUUUCCAGAUGUUGUUGUGAUAGAAGAUAGUAAUGGGGAACAAACUACUCAGUUUGUAGAGUAUGAAUGGAAGCCCAUUUUGUAUGAAGUCUGCAACAAAUUGGGUCAUAGAAACUGUGAGAAAAAACAGAUUUGGCUAGCAAAGACCUCUGAUAAAGAUGCAGUUAAAAUUGAUGAAAAGACUCAGGAGAAACAAGAAGAAGCCCCUGAUGUAGUUACAUCUAUUGAGAAGCCUAAUAUAGAAGCAGUUAAAAUUGUUGAGGAUGCUACUGGUUCAAAUCAGUGUAAAACUCCUCCAACUAUUCAAGACGAUGGAUUCCAGCUGAUUACUAAUAGAAAACUCAAGAACAAAAUAUUGAGCCAAGAAAGAGCAGAAGAGAGAAAUCAGAAAAGUGAAGCUAAAAGUGGAGGUAUGAUCAAACCUAACUCUAAUGAUAGGAUUCCUGCCAAGAGGCUUAUUAAGCCCUUGGAUAGAGGGAAAUGA